AUGGACGCGAGCCACGCCUGCACCGCGGCCUCGCGGGCACGCUCCACCUCCCAGCGCCGCGUUGCCGUCCGCCUCGUCCUGCAGCGCCACGCCGCCGCCAGCUCGCCCUACAGCGCGUGCCGCCCGCCUCGCCCUGCUGCGCGGUGCGGCGCCCUCGGCCUCGGAGAAGCAGCUGAUGAAGGGGAGCGCGGAGCCGAGCUCGACGAGGUUGUGCGCGUGCGCGUCCACGGGGAGCUGCGCGUCCACGCCGCCAUCUCCUCUGCCGCGAGAGCUGCGCGCCGCCGCUCGGGGAGCAGGCAACGGCUGGUCCCGCCGGGGGGGCCUGCGGGAGGCGGCGGCGCGUGCGGCGGCGAAGCCCGUAACCUCCUCGUCUCGCCGCUAUCCUUCCACGUGGCGAUCGUGCUGGUGGCCGCCAUCUCGCAGCGCGAGCUCCUGGGCUUCCUGGGUUCGUCCUCGCUCAAGGAGCUGCGCCGCGCCGCGGCGACCGAGCUGGUCGAGACGCUCCGCGCCGACGUCCUCCCUCCCGGCUCCGUCGACGCGUCCACCGUGCUCGUCCUCGCCAUCGCUCUCUACUUCAGGGGGACCUGGGCCCGGCCGUUCGUCCUGUCGGGACCUUUGUUGUGA